AUGGUCCAUAUUCUCGCUAUUGGUGUAGUUGUUGGCAAUAAAGACAAUAAUAUCUUUUUACCAGAUUAUAUGUGUCAAUGUAAUGAAAUUGUAGGAAUUGCAAAUGAUCUGACUAAUGCUAUUUCUGAAGUUUAUUCAAAAAUCUUUGCAACGAAAACUCGCUAUUCUGGUUCAUUAAUAAUGGGAUGGAAUGACGAAAAUAUAGUAAAUGAAUUGAAUAAAGAUGUUCCUUUUACUCCUCAUUCCUUUUUACUUGAAAAAAUAAAAGUAUUUGUAUAUGGGGUGGGAUAUUCAACGAAUAUAGAUUGGCAUUGUGCUGGACUGGGAUAUAAAUCUUCACUUCUUCAUAAAUUUGGAGAUAAACAGGCAUUGUUUGUUUCUAAAAUCGAAGAAACUUUAUGUACUGUUGAAAUUUAUCAAGAUCAAAAACUUCAAACUACAUAUGUGAGUAACAAUCCAAUUGACGUGUGGAAAAAUUUAGAAUUUAUAAAAAAAUUCAAUGGGAAUCAACUUUUUGGUAUUGACAAUCACAUAAUAAAAUCUCUAAAUAAAAAACAAAAAAAACCAACAUGUUCAUCUCAAGAGUGGAAAGAUGAUUCUAUUAUGAAAUCACUUUUUGAUUUUCAUCUAAAACGAAGAACAAUUGUGAAUAUUAAUUGGCAUCAGUUAUUUAUAAAAUGGGAUGAACAAGAAAGUCCUCUAAUUGAACUAAAAAAUGAAUUACAUAAUAUAUAUCCUGAAAAUCAUCAAUUUAGUAUACGCGAAAAAAGUGCAUGGCAGACCUUUCUUUAUGCUGCUGGUGCCAAUAAUGUAACUCCUUGGCCAUGUGAAGAACAG